GCAAAUCUGCCACACAACAAAUUACCCAGAAACACAAAAACAAACACCCACUUGAUUCCAAUUCUUCAAUUUCUUUUUCAUCGAUCUGGGCUAUAAAUUAAAUCUCGGAAAAAUAUUUAAAAAAGAUUAUUAUUAUUAUUCAUUAUUGAGAUUUUUUCAUUUUGAUGAUUAAAAAUCAUAUCUUUUAGAAGAAAACGUGAAAAGGGGAAUUGGGUUUCCUUCAAUUUUGUGAAUUGAUUUGUGGGUGAUCAUUUUCUUGAAUUGAGAUUGUGAAAUUAGAGUUCUUUUUUAAUGGCGGUCAAUUUAACAAAGUUUGUAGAUAAAGCUUAUUUAAUGGCGGAAGGGGGAUCCAGAUAUUGUUCUAAGAAAUCUGAUGAUUUUUGUGGAGAUCUUUGUGAUGAGGAUUCAGGGAGUAUUUCAACUAUAUCAAGAGUAAAGUGCAUUCUUCGCGGGUUAGAUCUAAAAGCCCUAAUACUUCUAUUUGUGCUGGUACCAACCGUCAUCUUUGGAUUGUACGUUCAUGGUCAAAAAAUCUCUUACUUCUUACGCCCAUUGUGGGAAUCACCACCCAAACCUUUCCAUGAAAUCCCACAUUAUUAUCACGAAAACGUGUCGAUGGAGAAUCUCUGUACACUUCACGGGUGGAAAACCCGUGAAUUUCCAAGACGGGUUUUUGAUGCAGUUUUAUUUAGCAACGAAGUUGACCUCCUCAAAAUAAGAUGGAAUGAAUUAUACCCUUAUAUUACUGAAUUUGUACUCCUAGAGUCAAACUCGACAUUCACUGGAGUACCCAAACCCCUGGUGUUUUCUGGCCACCGUGAUGAGUUUAAAUUCGUGGAGCCAAGGUUAACUUAUGGGUCAAUUCCAGGCCGAUUUCGGAAAGGAGAAAACCCAUUUGUUGAAGAAGCUCAUCAACGGCUAGCAUUGGAUUGGCUGUUAAAGAGAGCCGGGAUUGAAGAUGACGAUUUAUUAAUUAUGUCGGAUGUUGAUGAGAUCCCAAGUAGACAUACCAUCAAUCUGUUGAGAUGGUGUGAUGACAUACCUCCGGUGCUUCAUCUUCGUUUGAAAAAUUAUUUAUAUUCAUUUGAGUUUUUUAUGGAUAAUCAUAGUUGGAGAGCGUCGGUUCAUAGAUAUCAAUCGGGAAAAACAACAUAUGCUCAUCAAUCAAAGAAAACAACAUAUGCUCAUUACCGUCAAUCGGAUGUGAUCUUGGCGGACGCAGGGUGGCAUUGUAGCUUUUGUUUCCGUCGUAUAAAUGAAUUCAUCUUUAAAAUGAAAGCUUAUAGCCAUAGUGACAGAGUGAGGUUCAAAAAGUUUUUGAACCCUGAUAGGAUCCAAAAAGUGAUUUGCAAAGGUUCUGAUCUUUUUGAUAUGUUGCCUGAAGAGUAUACAUUCAAGGAAAUCAUUGGGAAAAUGGGACCCAUUCCACAUUCGUAUUCGGCUGUUCAUCUUCCUGCAUAUCUUCUUGAAAACGCAAAUGAAUACAAGUUUCUCUUGCCCGGAAACUGCUUAAGAGAAAGUGGCUGAACCCAACCUGCUGGCUGCACCCGAACCUAAAAGGUUAUAAAGGUUGUGACAUUAUUGUUUACAUGGCAACCCCGUGAAUCAUCUAAAGAUUUUUAGAUGCUGCGGGAAUGGUUAUAGAGCGGAAUGAGUUCAUGGAUUUGAGUUGAUACUGUACAUAGUCUUCUUAUUUAUUUUUUGUUAGUUUGGGGAGGUUGUGCUUCAGCGGCCUGCUUGUUUAUUAAUGGCCAUUGACGCUAAUCUCCUUGUUAUAGAUUAGGAAAUUUUGAACCAGGAUGAUUUUUUUCCCCACAUAUGUUUAUUCAUUUUGUGUUGUUCUUUA